AUGUUGAGUACCCUGACCCGUUUUGCCCGGCCUGCGCUGCAGAGAUGCACCUCUUCCAUAGCUUGUCAGACUUUGGGAUUUUGUGGUAGACCAGAAAAGGUUUCACAUCCAGCACCUGCUUGCCUGACAUUUAUGCAGCUUCGUGGACACCAGACUUUGGGUUCAGCCUCCCUUUCAGUGGCCAGCCACUCUGUGAGACAUGCCCGGGCAUUAGAUGAAGAACGACUGGUGGAGGUUGAGUGGGAAGAUGGAGGGCAGAGCCUGUAUCCCUUCACGUGGCUUAGGGACAACUGCCAGUGCUCGCUCUGUACACUGCAAUCAGCUCAGGCCCGCAAACUGCUGAUGUCAGAUUUGGACAUACACACAGGCAUUCAUGCUGUGGAAGUUACCAAUGAUAGCAAGUUGUCCGUUGUGUGGCCUGACCAGCACACUAGUGUGUUUGACGCAGAAUGGCUAAAGAAACGCAGCUUUUCUCUUGAGGCCAGACAAAACAUGCAAGAAGAGCUCUUCUUAAAUGAGCGCUACUACUGGGACAGCAAGCUGCGUAUUCCCACUGGCAAUUACCAGGAUGUCCUUCAUGAUGAUAAAGCCGCGCUAGCGUGGCUCGUGGCGCUGAGGCGCAUUGGUAUCGUCUACCUGAAGGGGGCUCCGGCAGAGCAAGGCUGCGUGGGUAGACUCGCCGAGAGGAUCGGUUAUCUAAGACUGACAUUCUACGGGCAUACAUGGCAGGUUGUGGACAAGUACAUGGCAAACAAUGUGGCUUAUACUUCAGGGAAACUCAGCCUCCACACAGACUACCCUGCACUACACUUUGCACCAGGAGUGCAGUUCCUGCACUGUGUCAGCCAGGCCGAAGAGGGCGGCGAUAGCGAAGUGGUCGACGGCUUCCGCGCGGCUGAGCAGCUGCGGCGCGAGGACCCCGAGGCCUUCCGCACGCUGGCGUCGCUCCUGGUCGACUUCACAGACACAGGGACGGACUACUGCGAUUUCAUGCUGCAGUCCAAGAAGAGCAUCAUUGACAUUAAUGAGCAGGGUCAAGUUGUGAGGAUAAACUACAACAACGCCACCAGGGAUUCGGUGCUUGACCUGCCCCUUCAUCAGGUUCAGCCCUUCUACAGAGCCCUCAAGGCCUUUGUGAACAUCAUGACGCGACCUGAGAAUGUUGUCACCUUCAAGAUGGAGCCAGGCGAUAUUGUGACUUUCGACAACUGGCGCCUGCUGCACGGCCGCAAGAGCUACGUGAGCCGGCCGGAUGGGGCGCGACACCUUGAAGGCGCCUACCUGGACUGGGACGAAGUCAUGUCUCGCCUCCGAAUACUCCGCAGCUCCGUAAACUAG